CGGCGGUUUUGGGGGCCAGCUAACACUCGCCUAUCAUCAGUCAACGUAAAGCCAACUCCUCCUCUUCUGCUGUUACGCACAUCUAUGCAGCCUCCUUGGCAAAAGACUAAACAUUAUCUAAACAAACUACCGUAAAGGAAAACUGCUUCUUCUCCCAGAUGGCCGGCAGGAUUUUAUUUUCGUUUUUUUAAGCUUGUUUUUGUUUUUAUGAGUUUUUUUCUUUCUGCAAAGCAAAAGUAGUUUACCGUAAGUCUCAACUUGGACUGUUAAGGAGGAGGAAAAAGCCUUUCUCAAAUACCCAGGUCUAGUUUUUUUUUUCUGUUUGAAAUAUUAUUUUUCGGGCUGGGCGAUGCAGUAGAAAGCUGCUGCUCAUCUUUUGGCACUGCCAUUUGUACAGAGUUACGAAUUGUUCUGCAGAAGAAAAGAGGAAAUAUUUUGCAGACUGUCGAAAACCUGAAAUAUUACUCCCGGCGAGGAGCAGAGCUGAGAUCCAUGCAACGGGAGCUUCUAUAGUUGGUAUGUUUAGUCACCGUAAAUGGAAAAGAAAAUCUAGAAAGAGCAAUUGGCAGUGAAACAUAUUAUCAUGUCUGAGAUAAAAUAGAUCCCACUAAGAGAAGGCAAAUCUGUGCGCUUUUUAAUGAAUUAAUCAUAGCUUAUUAAUAACGAGAGCUGGAGAGAUUCGGAUGACGGUUUCCAUUGGCAGAUGAGACGUAGUGUGGAGAACACGUGUCCAGUUUUUCCCUCAUAUUUUUUCCUCCCUGAUCUGGAUUUCUCGCUUGUCACGGCAAGAAAGGAAACGUUAAAAGAUCGAAAAUUUUGAGUGGCAUAAUUGCACAAGGUUCCCCCUCUCAUGGACAUCUUGGCUUGCAGAUCUGAAGAGAACAGUUAUAACAUCCUCCCAUCUGCGGCUACGAUGCUUUUCCAUGGCCUCCCCGGAGGCGACGUUCGCGGUGUGGUGGAAGAAAUGGACCGGAGAGGAAAGAGCGAGUCAGCGGCCAUCAGCUCAGCCAUCGAUAUGGGAGAGUCAGAGACGUCCAUGCCAUGCAUGACCAACGAGCGCGUGGCUCUGUGCGCGGGCUGCGGCAGGAAAAUCGCGGACCGAUAUUACCUGUUGGCCGUGGACAAGCAGUGGCACAUGCGCUGCCUCAAGUGCUGCGAGUGCAAACUCAACCUGGAGUCCGAGCUCACCUGCUUCAGCAAAGACGGCAGCAUCUACUGCAAAGAGGACUACUACAGAAGAUUUUCGGUGCAGAGAUGCGCUCGGUGCCACCUGGGAAUCUCGGCCUCGGAGAUGGUGAUGCGAGCUCGGGACCUGGUCUAUCACCUCAACUGCUUCACCUGCACUACCUGCAGCAAGAUGCUCACCACCGGGGACCACUUUGGCAUGAAAGACAGUCUGGUGUACUGUCGGCUGCACUUUGAGACUCUCAUCCAGGGAGAAUAUGAGACACAUUUUAACCACGCGGACGUGGUGCAGCACAAAGGCCUGGGCCCGGCCAACACGCUCGGACUAUCCUACUUCAGCAGCGUGGGGACGGUGCAGAAAGGAAGGCCGAGGAAGAGGAAAAGUCCUGGGCCAGGGGCCGAGCUGGCUGCUUAUAAUGCAGCGCUGAGCUGUAAUGAGAACGACGGCGAAUCCAUGGACAGGGACUCCCAGUACAGCUCCAGUCAGAAGACCAAGCGCAUGCGGACGUCCUUCAAGCAUCACCAGCUGAGGACCAUGAAGUCCUACUUUGCCAUCAACCACAACCCAGACGCCAAGGACCUCAAGCAGCUUGCCCAGAAAACUGGCCUCACCAAGCGGGUCUUACAGGUGUGGUUCCAAAACGCUCGGGCCAAAUUCAGGAGGAACCUGCUGCGGCAGGAGAGCACCGGGGUAGACAAGGCGUCCGACGGCUCGACGCUGCAGGGUGGUACACCGUCAGGCCCGGCCUCUGAGAUCUCCAAUGCCUCCAUGAGUCCCUCCAGCACACCCACCACCCUUACGGACUUGACCAACCCCACCAUGCCCACUGUCACCUCUGUGCUUACCUCCGUGCCAGGUAGCAUGGAUGUCCACGAGUGCCGGAGCCCAUCACAGACCACGCUGACCAGCCUCUUCUGAUAGAUGGAGCCCUUCUUCACAGCCCCCUCUCCCCUGUCCUCCCUGGCCCCAUCCCUUAGCUCCCCCCUGCUCCCCUCUGCUCCUUGUGGAUCUACAAUUAAGCAUGGUUCACUCCUUGGAACAUUUAACGGAUUAGAAAACAAAAGGAAGCAAACUGAAAAGGUUUCCUUUAGAGACUGUUUGAUUAGUGAGGUGGCUGAGCCUUACACACGGAACAUUUGUUGUUAUUUUGAUGUUGUCUUGUUGAGAACUGAGGAGACUUGAUUUGCAUUUUUCAAUGUUUACAGAGAGAGACUGAAAGUGGUAAAAAAAAAAAAAUUUGGAAUAUCAUUUUUUCCAACACAGUAUUUAUGUUAUAUUGUACAAGAGUCACUGUUAGAAGGAUUGUAAAAAAUCAUUUUCUUUCUUUCUUUUUCUUUCUUUCUUUCUUUCUUUCUUUCUUUCUUUCUUUUGUUUUGGAAAUCUGAGAUUAAACACAGGUUACAAUAUCCUAUGACUGCCAUGUGCCUUAUGGUCCACUUAUCUUAACUGCUGUUUCUAAAAGUCGGUCACACGUGAGUGAUUUGCAUCAGAAGAAAGCAGUAUGACUGAAUUAACUCGACUCCUUGUGCGCAUUUAUGUAUGUGUGUGAGUUCUGGCUUGUUCCUCUUUGUGUUUGUGUGAACGUGCAGUAAAGCCCAUUCUGCUGCACUUUAAUUUAAAAGAAAAAGGCGAGAGGCAAAUAAUUCUUGUUUUUGAUCUCAACUCUUUUGAAUUUUCUUCACUUAAACUUGGCUAAAAAGCUGUUGUUCAAAGUGUUCAGACAUGAGUGCUUGUCUCGACUUUUAGUUUAAUGCACUGGUGGCCCAAUGCAGAUCAGUUCAUGAUAACAAACCUCACCAAAUGAUGGGAUCGAUUUCAUUAACAUCCACCUGGUUACUGAGACCCGUCUCGGUGAAUGCCCAUUCAUUUUUAAUUUUCACUUCUCUGGAACACACACAAAGCUUUUAAUAGGAAAAAGAUGUAAUUCCAAAAUUAAUGUUUGAGAAAUUAUCUGAACAGCAAAAUUCUUACUAGUUACUAGUUUAGUUUCUUAAAAUUUGCUGAUUUAGCAGGUGACUAACCCUGGAUAGGUUGCCGGUAACCUGGUGGAUGUCAAAAGGUGAAGUUCAGAUUUAACAAGUUCACAAACUUGUGAACUUGAACUUAUGAACUUAAACAUGGCUUUAAAAGACACUGUUUUCUGUUGUUAAGAUAUUCAGUGACUUUGAAAGUCGUAUAGACAUGUGUCCAAUUUCAAGGUGAAGUGAUAAAACACACAAUUAAAUAUUUUAAAAAUGCCUCUUGAUCUUCCUUGAAAUACAGUCAGGAUACAGAUUUGAAGAGCUGUUUUCAGUCAAAUCUUUCAUGUUAUAUAUAUGUUGCAUGAGACCUACUGCUUCCAGCUGUAAGGUAACAUGACAAACAUCAAGUAUCCUGCUUCAUGUCUGAUUUAUAGUACUGUGUUAAAUCUAUACUGUGUCCUAUAUGCCAUAACAGACAUUGUACCUUGAUGUGCACCUUCCCAAAAAUGCUACAGUGAUGCACACCUCAGUGGCUCUGAUAUGUGGGAAAGUAUUAUGCCAUGUAAAGAAAAAGGAAAGUGCCUCCGUGAACCAAACAUGAGCUGUAACUGGAUCUAGCUUGCUCAAAAUGCUAAUGCACAGUAAUCUGCCAGUCAGGCCAUUUUUCUGUUUUUCAUAGCUCUGCUUAUAUGUGUUUGAAUCUCAGUCAAAGUAACUGUUCAGUAUUUAUUAGUUUCAAGUCCAAAAUGAGUAACUUAGUUUCACUUAUGAUGGCAGAGCAAUACAGACGUACCAGCGCGAACAGUGACGCUGUUCACUGCGGUGUAGACGUUACGGGGGAUUCAACGCAGUACUAUAAGUUUUAGAUUAUGCCAAAGCGUAUGUUCAAAAUAACACUUUUAUGGGAUAAGAUUAUCUUGGUCAAAGGAAUUCACAAUAUCAAUUUCACCAGGACAGCUAAAAUAAAAAAAAAAAAUCCAUCAGGAUUAACACUAUCAGUCAGGUUCAAAGCCUUUUUAAGAAAUUCAUUAAAGUACAUGUGCUCGUUGUGCAAUUAUUUAGGAUAUCCUUAUUACACAGUACAAAUAUUUUCAAAUAUAGUUUUUAUUAAUAAACAAUUGGCAAUAAACAAUGAAAAUAACAAUGAAAUUUUGGGGGUUAAACUGUAAAGGUGUGUG